AUGGAUAAAUGCCUGAAAUUUAUCAGAUUCAAAAAUCCUGACAAAUGUGGACUACUUUUUUUGUUCUUGUCUCAAAGGUGUAAAUUUACUUUGCUCUUACAAUCAUUAAAACAAAUUAUGCGAAGCACUUUUAAGUCAAAACCGGUAGUCCAAAAUUAUCAUGCGCGGUUCUUUUGCCCAGUUCAAAUAAAUGAAUUACUAAAGAUAAAGCAUCGAAAAUUACCACCCACUCCAUCUGUAUACGUUGUGCAGCAAGUAAAUGAAUUUACGGGAUUUAAAAGAAUAUCCUACAACAUUGAAAUGACGAAGAUACUUAAAUUGUGCUUUGAGGAUUAUGCUGCAGUUCUCCACACUACUGCUAGUAACUUAUUUACUGAGUUGACAUUUGCCUUCAAAUGUUUUUCGUCUCUCCACGAAAGGCCGGUCACCUCCGAUGGGAUUAAUGCACAGUUGAAAAGUUUGGACACCACCAGUGCACAUGUUAAAACAAAACAUGGUAAGGUUUCAUUAAAGUACAAGGCAGAACAUGACCAACUCAAUACAUGGUUCAUCCUGCACGGGUGUCUCGAUAGGAAAACAACACCAUCAUUCUCAUCUUGCACAAAUAGCAAAUCUCCGAUUUUUCAAUCAUACCGCGUGCUUGCGUAUUUAAAACAGGAAAAUAAACGGAAAAUGGAUCAGGUUUUGUUGUUAACUUUUGGAACUUUGGUUAUUAGUCGACUGAAAAAUAGCCAGCGAAUUGCAAAUAAUUGGUAUCACUCAUUAGACCAAGAGCAAGUUUACUUAAUAACGCUCAAAACACCAUUUAUCAUUUCAAUGAAUUGA